AUGUCCAAACCGAUUUUGUAUUAUGCGCUAUUUAGCCCACCGGCACGGGCUUGUAUGUUAACAGCCGAAUUAAUUGGACUUGAAUUGGAUUUGAAAUUUGUGGAUUUUGCGGCAAAACAACAUCUUACGCCAGAUUUUCUAUUGCUAAAUCCUCAGCAUCAAAUACCUGUUUUUGUGGAUGACGACAAGGAGGUGUUUAUUGACAGCCAUGCGAUUAUGGCAUACAUGGUAUCAAAAUAUGGAAAGAACGAUAAUUUAUAUCCUAAGGAUUUGAAGAAACGUGCACGCGUCGAUCAUAUGCUGCAUUUCGAAAAUGGAGUACUGUUUCAAGUAAUCAAAGAUAUGGUGCGACGUAACAUUUACGGUGGCGAAGGCGAAUUCAACAAAAUAACAUUGGAUCUGUGCGACAAUGCAUACAGUUUCCUCGAAGCUUUUAUUGACAAAAGCAACUUCUUUGGAAACAGUCCAACACUUACCAUUGCCGAUGUAUGCAUCAACACCACUCUAGUAACACUCGAUAUGCUUAUACCAGUCAAUAAUAACAG